UCUUUGUUUAUGUAUCAGCAUCAAAUAGAUGAAUUAAUCGUAGUGAGAGAAGCAUCAUUUGGAACAACAAACCAUUUGGAAUGAGUUAUAAUUCAGCCGUGCUUCAUAAACGAAAACAAAUAAGCAGAUAGUCAAGCUGAUUCCAUACAACAAAGUGCGCCUCGAGCAAAGCUGUCCCUGGAUGUUAUUUCUCCGUGAUUAGUGCAGUAUAGCAGCAAUGGAAACAUCGUCUGCUGAUCCCAAUUCGUCCACAGAAUCAUCCGACGUUUUUGAGGAGGAUUUGGCAAGAGGACUAGAAACCACUAUAUCUACCAUAUCUGCUGCUGCUGAUGAUGAAACGACGACCGAGUCAGAUGGAUUGUCUGGAGGCGAAAAUAUGUAUGGGCACUACCCGUCAACUGCAUCGGAAUCAACAACGCAGGAAUUUAUACCGGAUGAGGUGGCCCUAGUUAUCGAGCAGCCCACGGUGAACAUGGAAAUAGAGUUGGCCCGUGUUCUGCCGAGAUUUCUGUCCCCCGUCAUUAUGCUGAACAGUAAUCUGGUGACGGAUGUGGUUCCAGAAGCACAGGCCACUAUAGAAAUUGUGGACGGUGGCGAUGAUGGCGGCGGAAGUGGAGUCGAAGAAACAUCAGCGAUAACGACUGCGAUUACGGCUGCUGCUAUGGAAGGCCCAAUAGUGCUUAUCGAGGACACGCUGCGAAGCGGACAGGAUCUGCUGGCUGGGCCAUCUGCGGUGCGGAAUGCUUCCACCGACUCGCCACGAAAUCGGAAACGUCGCCGGACAAACACCCCACCCAAAAAAGCAACAUCACCACCCGCAAAUGCCGAGGCCCAGAAUGUGUACGAUGACGAUGACGAUGGUACGAUUUGCUCAAUUUGUCUGGACAGCUGGACGCUAACGGGUGAACAUCGGCUGGUAUCGCUGAAAUGUGGUCACCUCUUCGGGUAUAUGUGCAUCAAACGCUGGUUGCAGGACAAUACGGUUCAAAAUCGUUGCUGUGCAACGUGUAAAACGAAAUCGACGCUGCGUGACAUACGGCCUCUGUACGCGAAAGCAGUGAGGGCGGUAGAUAAUACCGAAGAGCUGCGGCUGAAGGAACAAGUUGGCGAAGAGAAACUUAAGGUUAGUAAACUGUCGGGGGAACUGCAGGUAGCUAGGAUGGAACUGGAAGUGCAACGGACAGUGGCCGCUGAGUUGAGGGCUAGGCUAAAAGAGUACGAGCAAAGAGGGGUGACCGACCUGAGGACGAACGCUUCUCUGAUGGGAGAAAUUUCCAGUAUUUCAAAAGCUGUGACAAACUAUAAAAUCGCAUUGGACAAAACCAUUGAUUUGUGUCGCAGUCCGGGCUGCCGAGUGAUGGCGUAUGGGAGUAAGCGGCAACAUUUGCUGGUGUCACAGAAGUCGACACAAAAUUUAUUUCCCGGGUUCUCGAUCAAGUUCCUUGACGUACCGACAUUCCAACAUUCGUCGAUACUUCACGUUUCGAGUAACAUGAUUCGUGACAUAUCCAUUGAUGUUGAGGAUGAGUUGUUUACGGCGGCUACCAGCGAACGGUCGGUAAGGCUUUUCUCCUUCAGCAAUCGUUCGAUCAUGUCGUUUACACCUUCCGAAGCGAACGUGUGGUCCUGCGCCUUCGAUCGGGAACGGUCCAAGUUUCUUUAUUUGGGCACACAAUCUGGGGGUAUUUAUGUGUAUGACAUCCGCAACAACAAUCAGUAUGUGGAAGAAUUCCGAACUGAGGGUGACUGCUCACCCAUUAUCAACAUCUGCCCGGUAUCUUCAACCGAUUCUAUUCCCUUCGGGGGAUUCCUCGUAUGCAAACUUACCUCUUGUUGGUUUUUUGAGUACACUGCUGCUCAAACGAUCGAGUCCACCCGGUUAAAUCUGGACGGGCCAUUCACAGCGAUGAAUUAUUGCGAGAAGACCGGCUACAUCAUGAUCACGACGCGUCCCAAUAGCCGUCAUCCGAGGUCUCGUUAUAUCCUCGCCAAUUUGGUUAAAUUGGAUUUGAUUUGUGCACUACACAUUGUGCAAACGAUCAAGGGUUCGACUUCCGAACCCAACAUGAUUCGGAGCGCUCAAGUCAGACUGGAUGACAAUUGCACAAUGAUAGCCGCCUACCAGCAGGACGAUCGUCAGCUAGCUACGUGGAGUUCGAGCAGGGGUACUCAGCGACUGCAGAGUUUACCGAUAUCCGACACGUUGUGGGACCUUUGUCCGAUCUAUGCAGACGAUCUCACCUUCCUGGCGGCACUUUCAGACAAUAAGUGUCGGGUGUACAGAGCGUAUUCUUUGUAAGAAAGGGGGAGGCCGGAUAGUACAAGAUAAAUUAUGUUGUUGAGUUUUGCGCGAUUGACAUUGCCUAAGAAUUUCGUUGAUUGUCCAAAUAGUUUCCAGAAAUACCAAAAUGAGAAGACCAUGUUGCUAGGUUAGUUGAGUGAGUACGUGAGCUUUUUUUAAUACUGAUACAUUCGUACAAAUAAAGCCAUACAUA